AGUUUGUUUAGUCACCGAAUUGGAUUCCUGUUGACCCGUUCGGCGCCUACCUCGGGCCCCGGGCUGCAGUGAAACGCGGGAGGCUCCUGCACGCCCUGUGUGUAAACAGAAACCAGCUGUAACUCCCGAGGUCAGGGCUCACGAACGCGGGCGACUUGUGAGCCAGCGGCGUCCAGGCCCUGCUGUGAAGGCCUCGGAAAAGGUCAGGGUUGCGUCCGCGUGACGUUCCUUCCUGCGCUGUCCCGGCCCUGCUGGGUUGCAGGUAACGGAGGCCUCCGAGGGACACCUUGCAGCAGGUCGCCCAGCAGAGAGCAGCUCUUCUCUGGCCCGCUGAAGAGGUCUGGAUUUGCUUCAAAGGGCACCCCGAAACUGAGCAGAGAAAUCUCAGUCAAGCUUCCUGAAUUUUCCUGUAUCAUCGUGUUCUGCACUGCGUGAGGAACCGGGCGUAUCUACUAGGUGGUUUCCGGUUCCCACCAGCUGUGGAUGCCUUUGCCAUUAUGACCGCAGAGGAUUCCACUGCAGCCAUGAACAGCGACCCAGCCACAGCCGCUGCCGCAGCGGGGUCCUCAGCCAAAGUGCCCGAGGGCGUGGCGGGUGCCCCCAAUGAGGCGGCGCUGCUGGCGCUACUGGAGCGCACCGGCUACAGCAUGGCGCAGGAGAACGGGCAGCGGAAGUACGGCGGGCCGCCGCCAGGCUGGGACGGGCCGCACCCCCAGCGUGGCUGCGAGGUCUUCGUGGGUAAGAUCCCGCGUGACGUCUACGAGGAUGAGCUGGUGCCCGUGUUCGAGGCAGUGGGUCGCAUCUACGAGUUGCGCCUCAUGAUGGACUUCGACGGCAAGAACCGCGGCUAUGCCUUUGUCAUGUACUGCAACAAGAACGAGGCCAAGCGCGCGGUGCGUGAGCUCAACAAUUACGAGAUCCGUCCAGGUCGCCUGCUCGGCGUGUGCUGCAGCGUGGACAACUGCCGCCUCUUCAUCGGGGGCAUCCCGAAGAUGAAGAAGCGGGAGGAGAUCCUGGAGGAGAUCGCCAAAGUCACCGAGGGCGUGCUGGACGUCAUCGUCUACGCCAGUGCGGCCGACAAGAUGAAGAACCGCGGCUUCGCCUUCGUGGAGUACGAGAGCCACCGCGCAGCCGCCAUGGCGCGCCGCAAACUCAUGCCGGGCCGCAUCCAGCUGUGGGGCCACCAGAUCGCCGUGGACUGGGCCGAGCCGGAGAUCGACGUGGACGAGGACGUGAUGGAGACCGUGAAGAUCCUCUACGUGCGCAACCUCAUGAUCGAAACCACCGAGGACACCAUUAAGAAGAGCUUCGGCCAGUUCAACCCAGGCUGCGUGGAGCGCGUCAAGAAGAUCCGCGACUACGCCUUCGUGCACUUCACUAGCCGCGAGGAUGCCGUGCGCGCCAUGAACAACCUCAAUGGCACCGAGCUGGAGGGCUCGUGCCUGGAGGUCACGCUGGCCAAGCCCGUGGACAAGGAGCAGUACUCACGCUACCAGAAGGCGGCCAAGGGCGGUGGUGUGUCCGAAGUGGCUGCACCACCCCCCAGUUAUGUGUACUCAUGCGACCCCUACACACUGGCCUACUACGGAUAUCCCUACAAUGCCCUCAUCGGGCCCAACAGAGACUACUUCGUGAAAGCAGGCAGCGUAAGAGGCCGAGGGCGAGGUGCAGCUGGCAACAGAGCCCCGGGGCCCAGGGGAUCCUACCUCGGGGGAUAUUCCGCUGGCCGCGGUAUCUAUAGCCGCUAUCACGAAGGGAAAGGAAAACUGCAAGAGAAAACAUAUGAACUCGUGCCGAAUUUGGAAAUCUCUUCAGUCAACCCAGUUGCCAUUAAGCCUGGUGCAGUGGCCAUCCCUGCCAUCGGGGCCCAGUAUUCCAUGUUUCAGGCCGCUCCAGCGCCUAAGAUGAUUGAAGACGGCAAAAUCCACACCAUGGAGCACAUGCUCAGCCCCAUCGCCGUGCAGCCUGACCCAGCCAGCGCUGCUGCUGCAGCCGCCGCGGCCGCAGCCGCCGUCAUUCCUGCCGUGUCCACGCCACCGCCUUUCCAGGUAGAGAGCCUGCUGCAGGGCCGCCCGAUAACUCCAGUCUACACAGUGGCUCCAAACGUCCAGAGAAUCCCCACUGCUGGGAUCUACGGGGCCAAUUAUGUUCCUUUUGCUGCUCCGGCUACGGCCACGAUCGCCACACUACAGAAGAACGCGGCCGCCGUGUACGGAGGCUAUGCGGGCUACAUACCUCAGGCCUUCCCCGCUGCUGCUAUCCAGGUCCCCAUUCAUGACAUCUACCAGACGUACUGAGACUGCCGCCAGGAGCAGACCAGCCCGCACAGCCGCCACCGCCAGAGACCCACUGGUACUAUUUAUGAAGAAAGCCCGUGUUGGAGUACCACGUGUGUGAAACCUGGAAGUGAAGAAUGUUAUCCAGAAAUAUUUGAUAUACAUGAAGUUUUCUAAGACUGUCCAAGUCAGCAGGCCCGUGUUCAUACAUUUCUAAGAGACUCGUACAAUGGUUCGUGCCUUAAUAACAACAUCUUGGAAAAUAUUUGUAUGCCAUACAUUUGUAUAGAGGUUUUUCUGUGUUGUUUUUUUUUUAAGGAUAUAUUUUCAGUAUGAAGGUUAUUUUCUUAACUUCUGCACUCCAGAGAUGUGUUUUGUAGUAACUUCCAUAAUAUAUCAACUGUAUAUAUUAAAGAAAAAAAAGCACACCUGAGCAGCUAGGAAACUAUCUUGAAAAAUAUAAUUCACUAUUUAAUGAUGCGAACGGCAGUGCUUUCAGAUCCUGCAGAGAACAUUAUUGUAAAAGUUAUACUGGAAAGUGCAAUGUUCAGACAAGUCAAACCUCUGUCUGCUGGCAUUAAGGGUCGAUGGUGUCCCCCGUGUCAUCCAUGACAGUCCUACUCAGUCUCUCCUUAAGCCAACUUUCCAAAGACUUGUCAUCCGGAAUGCCAUGUGGGAGAGCUCUCGGCUGCCACCAUGACCUUGGGGCGCCUUUAUCCCCAUGUGCCUCGACUCUUACGUGUGAUCCCCGACCUUCUCUCCUCCCCACAUUCCCCUCUAUAUCUGAUAACUUAAGAGAAAACCACCUGAGGCCUUUAUCCUACUUCUUGGAUUCUUUUGUUUUCUUGGGGUUUUUGUUGUUUUGGUUUUGGGGGUGAGUUGGACAGGUAUUCGCUUCCUGUGUGUUUUCAGUAGCAGAGUACAGGCGAGCACAAGGUUUUAAUACGUUUCCAUAAGGUAUCUUUGCAUAGCUAUUGUCAAGUAUAACAUUUUCAGUCCCUUUCUAAUGCUUCUUAUUCCUUUUUGAAGUAUGAGUUUUUAGAGACAAGGAAUGUAUGUUAUUGUAGACGAGACACCCUCCUUCCCACCACCACCCACGGACCUGACGGCAGGAAAGUUUUAUGUCUUGGUAGUUACAUGAUCAUGUCCCGUGCAGACGUGUGCAUCGUCCUCAAGGGUGUCGGGAAGGUGACUUCCUGCGCAGGGCUCUCCUCCAUGACUGCUCAGCUGGGCCGAGGGGAGUCCUGGAAGAGUGAAAAGGAGGUUUAUCAUUCUCUCUUCUAAUGCUGGGUUUUAGUCCCUUAUGUUGCAGGCGUUCCUGGGUCAUAGUUUGAUGCAAAAACAAAACUUUGCUUUGAAUGCUAGUUUUAAAAAAAAGAUCUGUUUUAUUAGGAAGUAAAUGUAUCUCCAUAUUCUGUGUCUACCUAGAGGUUUCUGUCGAGCAGAGUGAAUGUAAAAUACAGUAAAAUGUUGAGAUGGCCAUCAGCUAUAUAAAAUACAUCAACUUGGAUUCCCCUCCCCCACAAAGGGACCCAUCAAGGAUGUGAGGUGCAAUAAGGUAGCAAGAGUGAACAGUUGGGUUUUUAUAUCAUGUUGGAGAUUAUAAAAAUCUUUCCUAUCACUGGAUUUUUUUGUUGUUGAUGGCUGAAUUCUCACUUGUGGAUUAAUAUGAUCGUGCCCAUAGCAAAUAUUUAGUUUUUGGUUUUUUAUUAAGAGAUUCCUAAAUGCCUUCUCUCUUCUUCCCCUCAUCUUGGGUUGAGAUGAGUUUUUAUAUAUAAGGAAUAUUUAUUUAACUAUUCUAUGAAACUGUUGAGUGUCUCAUAUGGCCUUUAAACAUUCCUUUCCAUGGUCCUUAAAUGACAUGAAGUGAAUGUGCAUGUUGUUGACGGGCCCGGCAAGCCGCAUCCAAACUUGAAUCUGGGCUGGAGGCACCGACAGCAGGCGGUGUGGCGGGCCCCUCCAGGGAAGGACUGCCGCCGAGGGUCAGAGCGAGCCCUGCCCCGGUGCUCUUACUGUAUUUUACAUGUGCCUGGAAAUUAUUUGCAAAAAAGAAAGAAAAAGGCCAAAGCAUGGUAUCUUAACAUGGCCAUUCCCAAACUACCUUCAAACAAACGGUGACAUAGCCAGUUAAGUACCAUUGAGCCUUCAGUCUGUCCCUGUUUCACAACCAUUUCAUGUGUACACUACUGAGGUAAAUUUAUAACUUGAAAUGUGAAGCUUUGUUUUUUUUUUUAGGGUUAAGAACAAACUAUAUAAAUGUUA